AUGAGAGGCCUCAUCACGACCUCCGCCCUCCUCUCGGGAGCAGCGGCAGCGGCAGUCCGCUUCACUAACUCCACUAACAGCCCCGACUACGUGAUCGUGGGAGGCGGUACCAGUGGUCUCGCCCUCGCCAACCGCCUGUCCGAGAACCCCGCCGUUUCGGUUCUGAUCAUCGAGGCUGGCGGCUCCGUCUUCGACAACGUCAACGUCACCAACCCCAACGGAUACGGCCUCGCGUUCGGCACCGACAUCGACUUCGCCUUCCAGACGACGAACCAGACGUAUGGCGGUGGCUCAGUCCAGACUAUGCGCGCCGCCAAGGCGUUGGGAGGAACCAGCACCAUCAACGGUUCGUUCAUACGAGAAGACAAACAAAAAUCAGGACUGGCCUACACCCGUGCCGAGGCUUCUCAGAUCGACGCCUGGGAGCAGCUUGGAAACGAGGGCUGGAACUGGGACGCUCUUUUCCCGUACUACCUCAAGAGCGAGCACUUCCAGACCCCCGAGCCAGCCCGCCAGGUCGCCGGCCACCUUGAGUACCAGGCCGAGCUCCACGGCGAGGACGGCCCCCUCCUGACGGGAUGGACCUACGGCCAGACCAACGGAACCGUCCCCACGGUCUUGAACUCCACCUUCCAGAACCUCGGCCUGCCCUGGAACGAGGACGUCAACGGCGGAAACAUGGUCGGCUUCUCCGUUUUCCCCCGGACCGUCGACCAGGAGCGCGCCGUCCGCGAGGACGCCGCCCGCGCCUACUACUACCCCUACCAGAACCGGACCAACCUCCGCGUCCUCUUGAACACCCGUGCCCAGAAGCUCACUUGGAAGGACAACGCCACCGUCCCCACCGCCGACGGCGUCGAGGUCAUCUCCGCCAACGGUUCUAGCAGCGUCGUCAAGGCCCGCAAGGAGGUCAUCCUCUCGGCCGGCGCCCUCGUCUCCCCCUUGCUCCUCGAGCUCUCCGGCGUCGGCCGCCCCUCCGUCCUCCGGCAGCACGGCAUCCAGACCGUCGUCGACCUCCCCACUGUGGGUGAGAACCUCCAGGACCAGAUGAACAACGGUCUCUCGUUCGACAUGAAGAACUUCACCGUCGACGGUGCCCUCACCACCGUCGCCUACCCCUCCGUCGCCCACAUCUUUGACGACGACGAUGUCGAGGCGGUCGCCGCCCAGAUCAAGGAGGCCCUCCCCGCCUACGCUGCCACCGUCGCCUCCGUCAACGGCAACGUCACCCGCGCCGCCGACCUGCUCGAGUUCUUCCAGAUGCAGUGGUCCCUCAUCUUCGAGUCCCGCAUCCCCGUCGCCGAGGUCCUCGUCAACGCCGCCGAGGGCACCUGGAGCAGCGAGUACUGGGGUCUCCUGCCCUUCGCCCGCGGCAGCGUCCACAUCGGCGAGGCGUCCACCUCCAACGCCGUCAUCAACCCCAACUACUUCCUUCUCGACUGGGACCUGCUUGAGCAGGUCCAGAUCGCCAAGUUCAUCCGCAAGCUGUACGGCACGGCCCCGUUCUCCGCCCUCGCCGGGACCGAGACCCGUCCCGGCGCGGACGUCGUCUCCGAGGACGCCGAUGUCGAGGGCUGGGAGGGCUACAUCAAGGGCAACUACCGCUCCAACUUCCACCCCGUCGGCACCGCUGCGAUGAUGUCCCGCGAGAAGGGCGGCGUCGUCGACGCCAACCUGAAGGUCUACGGCACCUCCAACGUCCGCGUGGUUGAUGCCUCGGUCCUGCCGUUCCAGGUCUGCGGGCACCUUGUCAGCACCCUGUACGCCGUCGCCGAGAGAGCGGCCGACCUGAUUGUGAGGAGCGCCUGA